CUUUACUCCAAACAACUACCCGACAAAGGCCGAAUCCUUAUUCUGGUAGAAGAAUACUUUGCUCAUGUUCAUCCUCUACGUUGCUUUGGGUUUGUGCAUAAGCCUUCGUUCAUGCAGCGAUUGGACGAAGACCCAGAAGCCUGUUGCAAUAAUGAAUCCCUUCUUCAUAUCAUAUGUGCGCUGGGAGCAAACAACAGAUUUCUGGCGCUUGAUCAUCCCUCCCAGUUUCCCCCGGAAUCAGUACUCACAGCUGGUAAUCAGUGGGCAAAGAUUGCCAAAGCGCGAAUGUUUGAGGACUUGGACGAUCUUUCUCUUGAGAAGUUGAUGACUGCAAUUCUCUUAUAUGAUCAUGAUCUUCGAAUUGGAAGCUAUGCAAGUGCAUUCAUCCUCAGUAGCAUCACUGCAAGAAUUUCUCAAGCACUACAGCUUAAUCUUGAGAGCUCUGCCGACGUUCUCUGUACUCAGCGGAACUCUAUAUGUCCCAUUGCCAACGAAUCAAAACGACGUCUGAUGUGGAGUUGUUAUGUUAUGGAUAGUUGGGUUGGUAGUGGUGUCAAUCAGCUCACUCUGCUCGAAGACAAAGACCUCAAGAUUCAGCUUCCGUGUCACAGUCUCAACUUUUCCCUGGGAACCGCCUGCAUCACCGAAGUCCUAGAUGAGGGAAAGGUCCUUGGCUUCAUUCCGAAAGAACAUACCCAUUUCCAACCUGCUCAAAAUAUGGGCAUAGAGGCAUAUUUUAUUCGCCUUGUGAGCAUUCGGAAACGGGUUCUUCGAUAUGUGAAACAGCUUGAUACCUCAAAACCUCCCUGGGAACCCGAUUCUGAAUUUCAACAGCUAUCGACCGAAUGUGAAAGCUGGCGACAUCAUCUUCCACAGAGUCUCAAAUGGAACUCAAGUUCAAUUUGGGCCCGCAAGGAAUCGUCGCAACUAGGUGCAUUGACACUGCUUUGGUGUACUUAUCACCAAACGUUGGUGGAUCUCUAUCGGAUUGGAAUGCCUACCCUUUUCCGCAUUAGACGGCAUGUCAACUUUCCAUCAGAUAAGAAAGAAUUCUUGGAUUAUUGUCGUAGGAUUUGCUUCGACAGCGCUCGGGAAGUCUCCAAGGUAAUUGUCGAAGCAUUGAGACAUGGCAUCAAAGCGCUGGCUGAUACUUGGCUUUGUAUCAUUGCACACGACAGCACCAAGGUCAUGCUAUAUUAUUUAAAGAACGUCACGGACUCAUCGGCUUCUUUGAGCGCGUCUGACACAAAUGAAACAAAGAUUCUAGUGAACAAAAAUAUGGAAACACUUAUGCAGAUGAGAUCCCUCGUUGCGACAGCCGAGCAUUGCGUAUGUCUCUUUUCCUCACGUGCCCAUAUUAUGUUGGAAAAUAUCUACUGA